UGUUAUUAGAAUAAAACAUAAAAAUAUCGAAUAUUUCUUACUUAUCAUUGAUCCAAAAAUACGAAAAAUAUAUUUGCAGAAAAUCGUUGAUGCGUAAAAACCUUAACUUUGAUUGUAUAUUCGUAGAAUAAUGAGUUUAUUCCGAAACAGUAGGAAUCUAUAAUAGUAAUCAUGACAAGUCAAACAAUGAAUAAUAAGAUUACGUAUAAUAGUUUAAUAUGUUAUAUUACUUUUUUCGUUUAAAAAGUUAGAUAUAUGCUGGACAUUUAUUUUAUAGUCGUAAUAAUUAUAUUAUUUUAAUAUAUUCUGAAUAUCAAAUACAUCAGAAACAAAAACGAAGACACUUGCAAAUAUGGAGAUGAUUGUUCAGCUGGUGGUGAUACCGGAGGAGAAGAAGAUGAAGAUGAUGCUUCUACACAUGGAUCAGUAAGUAACAGUAGCAGUAGUGGCAUGAGUGGUAGUAGUACUUCAACUGAUAGUGGAGAAGACAGCGGAGAAGAACGAGAUUCCAGCGAUACAGAUAGUCAUAGUUCUGCGGAUGAAGAUGACGAUGAAAACGAAAAUACAGAAUAUUCAGUAAAAGCAGAAAGUUCAGAUUCUAUGAGGUGGGAAACUUGCGUUGCUGCGAAUACACGACUAAAGCUUCCACAAGAUCUUUGCGAGAAUUCAGCUAUCUUCAAAGAACUAUUAGAUUACCCGUAUUUUUGGAAUGAAUGUCUUAGUGAAAAUCAAAGAGAAUCUUUAUAUAGCUUCUUACCAACUUUUCCAAAAGAUUGUGAUAUCGAAGCUGAAAUGGAAAGAACACUGCAAAUGCUAUUCGACAGGGAGGAUCAUAGAUUUGGAGUUGCAACAUUAGAUGCAUUUCAUAAACAUCUUUUAGCUGGUUAUUAUAGACCAGAUAUCAAACGAAUGCGCAGUUUGCUGCAUAAAGCACAACAAAAAAGACUGCUUUUUGAAGAACGUAAAAGAUCAUACGAACUUGCCAAUCAGUUACUUAAAUCACGAGAGAGUUUAUUAUCUAAUGCAUAUAAACAGGGUUUUAGCCAGCCUGUACAUCGAACAAUGUCUAAAUUUCAUUGGAAGAAACCAAAACCAGCAAUGGUAUAUAGUAACUUCCCGGGGACAAUACUAACAAGCAAUCAACUGAUAGUUGAAGAGAAAACCCAGCUACGCUAUUUGGAGGAACUGAGUAUCCUGAGGACUGAACUGGGAGCUAGUGCAAGGUUAGCACCUGACACAACAUCUGAAAAUGAAGAAAAUUGUUUAUAUUAUCAACUAUCUGGAAAUAAACAAAAGAAGAAAAAGCGCUCCAUCAUGAGUCUUCAAGGACUAUCAAUCAGGGGGUUGCAGAUCAAUCAAGAAGAUGAAACUAUUCGACCUGUAUUUUCGACGUUCCAACGAACAGACUAUGCAUCAAGUAGGUCACUAUUUGUUCGUGAACGAACAGAAGAAGCAUAUCGUUUAAUGUUAACAGCUCAUAAAAAAAGAAGAGCACGAAAUGAUAUUCAUCCAGAAUUAAAUACUCAGGGUAUUGCUCUUGCUGACUUAACUCAAAGAGCACAGACUGGUCAAAAGCACAAGCUUUCAGUUAAUACUUCUAUAAGAAUUCCUCCUGCUAAGAAACGUAUUAAACAAGAACAGUCUACACUUUGUCCACCUGUACCAAAAUUAAUCAAUUCAAAUUCUAUGAAACACGAAAGUGAUAACAGUGAUUAUUCUCAUACAACAGACGAUAAUAGACAUUCUAAUGCAAUGGAUAUAGAUCACAAGUUGACACCCAUAAAAUCUGAACCUGUAGAUGUAUAUGAUAUACCUCAAGUGUCAAAGAAAAAAAUGAGCCCUGUUACUCCUAGAAGUAAUAAACCUAUUCCAAGCACAAUAGAAAUUAAGAAAGAAGUAGAAGAAAUGGACUUUGAUGAUAUCAAAUCAGAGAUUAAUACAGGCACAAAUGAUGAUGUUAUGCCAGAAACAGAGGAUGACGAGGAAAAUGAUAAAAAAGAACUUGACUUAAGUAGCAUUGACAUGAUGCAAAUACCUAUUCAACUUGACGAUGGUAUUGAUAUUCUUGAUGAUGUGAAAUGUGAGAAUGAAAGUGUUAUAACUAUGAGAGAUAAAGAAAUUUCAACACCUAGUGGAGAAGAUACUAUUGAUGUUAAUAGUGGAGCAGAAUUAAUGCAAGAAACACAUGCGUCAUUUUUCUCUUUGCUGAGAGAUGCUUUUACCUCUAAAGGAGAAUUUAGAAUGAGUACUGGAGAAAUAAAGGAUGCUAUCACACAAUGGCAAGGAAAUCCAAUUUCACCACUAAAUGACUGGUAUUCCUUGGCAUCCUCAUGGCCGUCAUUAGUUCCAUUAGCUUUAGGAUUUCUUGCCGGUGAAUUAACAUAUUCUCAAGAAUUGGAACAACAGCAGGAACGGGAACAAGAACUUGUUCCAUACUUAGAAAAUAAAGGUAGUGGUGUAUAUGCCUGGAUUGGUGCAGGCAGAGAUUCUGAUUCUCGUCUGUUAGAUUUGUGUACAAGAUUUCUAAUGCACAGAGACUCGCUAGGGCCAUCUUAUAUUUCAUCAGCUGUUGCUUCUGUGAAACAAAUAUCACAGUUAUCAACGUCAAGUAAUAAUAACAAUAAUGGAAACAAUACAACCAAUGGAAACACUAGAAGUGGAAGCCCUGCAGUCGAAUCAAUUAAUAUUGAUACGAGUUCUCUUGGAUCUAUUACAGAAUGGGAACCACCAAGAGCAUUAUGGCCUACAGAAUGGAAAGUCCGACCUUCUACAAUAGAAGAACGCGAAGAGUUUAGAAGACAAGAACAAAUGCGAUAUGCAGCACCUCAUAAAGCAUUUACUUAUCGCAUGCAUGGAUAUGCAUCUGUAGUGGGACCAGUCAAAGGCAUUUAUCAACAUAACGUUGGAUCUGGAUUAACUAAACCACGAGGGCAUUCUUUAUUAGUAGCUGAUCGACCAAAUUUUGUAACAAUCUUAGCAUUAGUCAGAGAUGCCACAGCUCGAUUACCAAAUGGAGAAGGAACUCGCGCUGAUAUAUGUCAGUUAUUAAAAGAUUCUCAGUACAUCAGAGAACAAGGAGAAAGUGAUGAUAAAGAAGGGUAUUUACAUUCAGUUGUGUCAGGUGCUUUAGACAGAUUACAUUAUGAAACAGACCCAUGUGUUAGAUAUUACCCUCGGCGUAAAGAGUGGCUAUAUCUUCACAGAGCACGUUCAGAAUCGGAAUUUGAAAUGUAUCAUCAACAGCUACAAGGUGUAGCAAAAAAUAAAAAAAAUGUAGGAAAUACAUCACGAAAUAAAUUAUUACAAGCGUCUAUCAAACCUAUCAUACAUAAGGAGCAAUCUCCUAAUAGUAGCAAAGAAACUACUCCCAAAAAAGAAAGGCGUGCUGUUACUGUGGUUCAACCAGUUAUAACUCGAAAAGAACAACGUAAAACUGAUGAAAAAGUUACUGUUGAUCAUUCAACUUCUUCUGAACAACCAGUUGUUAAUACAACAACAUUAACAACAAUCAAUGCAUCAACAUCAGCUAUUUCUACCGCUACUAGUACUGCUAGUACUACUGUGUCUGUAGCAACGGUUCCAAGCUCUUCUACGCUAACGACAACAACUAACAUAGAAAGGAAUAAUGUAAUUUCUGAAGUUAAAACUUUAACGGCGUCAAAUACGAUUAAAAAAGUAACUAAUAUAGGAGGAAAACCAGUUGCAGUGGUAAAAACGAAUGCGACACAAAGUUUAUUGCAAUCAAGUCAACAGCAUUUUCCUCAUCAUCAAAUACAAGUGUCCACAUCUGCAGGACUGCAGACUAUAAGAUUGUCAGGACAUUCUGUACUUCAUUCUGCUCAACCUACUUCAACAAAUACCAGUUCUUCUUGUAUAGGAAACACUACGACAAACUUAGCAACAAUAUUUCCUAAUGCUAAAGUUCAAAAUCAACAACAACCACAAACUGUGGUAACAAGUCAAACUGGAAAGAGCAUUUUGCAAACUUCUAAUAUAAAACAACAAUCUCAGCAACCACAUGUAUUGCCUGGCAAAACAUUGCUGGCAUCUCAAAUAAAAUUAGUGAGCUCAGGACAAAUAAAAUCAUUACUCACAGGACAUGGCCUUCAAGGUCAAACGAUAUUCAUUAAACAGUCAUCUCCAUCAAAUAAUCAAUCUCAACAAUUACAGCAACAACAAUUAAAGCAACAGCAGCAACAACAACAACAACAACAGCAACAACAACAACAACAACAACAACAACAACAACAGCAACUUCAAAGAGUUGUGACUAAUCAGCAACAACAAAUACAGCCAUCAGGAAUGCAACGUAUAAUUGCACAAAUAGGCGGUAAACCGAUUGCUGUGCAAAUACAACAAUCUCCGCAUCAAUCACAGCAGCAACAACAACAGCAAAAGAUACUAGCAAAGGUUUUAACUAGUACAGGUGGAGGACAACUUAUCUCUGUAGAAAGUUUACUUGCACAAAAAGGGUUAAAACUAGCAACCAAUACUUGCCAUACAAACCAAUUAAAUAGACAAGGAAAACAAGUCAUACAAACUCAGUAUCAGGUAGUGUCACAGGGUCAAACAUCUUCGGUACAAUCGAAAAUUAUUGCUAGUACACAUCAACAAUCUCAGUCACCUCAAACUCAAACAGUCAGAAUGGUCACAGCGCAAAUUGCUGGAAAACCUAUUGUCCUGGCAAGUGGAAAUAAAAGUGUUGGCGUUGGAGUAAGUGGGAGUGGAAACGUAGUUCUUGGAAAACAACAAAACCCACAACAACAACAAAGCCAACAGCAACCAAUAAUUCUGCCAAGUCAGUUGCUAAAUAUUAAAACGUUACAUGGUCUUAAGGUGAUACCAACGCCUACAGGACUGAAGACAACAGGUGCAGCGGUAUACGCUAGAGUUAUCGCGCCGACAACAAUCUCUUCAACAGUAAAUCAACAACAACAACAACAACAACAACAACAACAACAGCAGCAGCAGCAACAACAACAACAAUCUGCUCAAACACAAUCGUCAAAGAACAAUUCACAUAGCACACCUUGACAAAAUUAAUAUGGUAUUGUUUUAUUCUAUACUUUUUCUUUGUUUCGUCCGUUUAUAUUUUGAAUACUUUAAAACUAUUACAGGUAUAAACCACGUAUGAUUUACUUGUAAAACUGUAGUUAAAAUAUGUAGCACUUCAUUGUUGCAUUGAAUUUAAUAUUUACAACAGAAAGUGUUGAACACAUAGAAAUUUCAAAUUUUUCAUACAACACACACUAAAACAGAACAACAGCUUUGUACGAAUAGGAAUGAGGUGAUGGAUAAUAUAUGAUUCAUAAAUGAAAAAAA